UUUAACCCAGUCUGAGUUCCUUGAACUGCUUGUAAAUAUGCAUUUAAACAAACAAACGCUACAUGAAUGAAAUGUAAGACUAUUCACUGGGUUUGCGAUCGUGCAAUGUAAAUAGCUUUAUUCUGAAAUGUCAGCUCAGUAUCAGUAACGUUAAUAUCUUUUAACAUGACUUUAUUGACGCGCAGCGACGAGAGGUAGCUACCUUAAAACAUUUUAUUGUGCUGUUUUUAUUCUUACUCAAGCAUUGUCUGGGAAAAGUUUAAUCGAAAGUCUUAGUGUGAUGAUGACUACUUCAACGACAAGAAAGAUUUAUUUGGGACAACAUCGUAUUGUGAAGACAAGGGGCUUAAGUCUUGCAGAUGAGAAACCAGGACAAAGACAAUCAAGUCUCAUGUGUCAGGAAGAUGUAUUAGAGAACAGAAGAUGUAAUGCACCAAAACAAAUCCAGAAUAAGCAGUGGAUGCCAGGAGACUCCACUCUGGCUAUGGAUGAGGAAAUCUUACAAACCAUUGAUGAACUUGGUCCAGAAGUCUUGAAAUUCAAGAAAAAUGAAAAGAUUCAGCAAACUGAACCAGCACCAUUAAAGAAAAACUGUGUCUUUCCAAAAAAUGCUGACAUUGAAAAAGAACAAAAUUCAGAAAAUAUCAGCCCUUCAAGUCCAUCAGAGUGCAAAAGAACCAGAACACAAGCCAAAAAAGAGGAUAAUUGGAAGGAUUUGGCCCAAAAACUUUUGUUCAGCGAAACCAAAAAGAUUGAAGUGGUUGGACGGACCCUUGAUUUAAAAGAGAACAGAGAUUAUUCUUCCCCUCAAAAGGUCUUGAACUCAAUGAAAAAAACAUCUAAAGUAUCAAAGAGCAAGCAGAAGUUAAAUUUCAGAGAAGUCACCUGCCCAAAUGACUCCAAGGAUUACAUUCUGUUCAGUCCGACACAUAUGGCUGCUGCUAAAGAGCGGUCAGUGUUGCAGCUGCAGAAGAGAUCUGUGAAAAACCUGUCAGUGUCUGUGUUAACCCCUCCGCCUGGAGUGGAUCUUACCGUCCUCGGUGAUGCUACACUACCAGAUGCAGCACAAAGCAUUCACAUGGGACGUCCUGCUGAUCAGUUAGACAAGCUUUUGCUCUCCAGCUGGGGUCUCCCUAAGCCUGUUCUGGAGAAGUACCAGAGUCUUGGUGUUCACAGGAUGUUUGAGUGGCAGGCUGAGUGUCUGACUCUGGGCAAAGUGUUGGAAGGACAGAACCUGGUAUAUUCUGCUCCAACCAGUGCAGGAAAAACAUUGGUAUCUGAGUUGCUGAUCUUGAAGAGAGUGCUGGAAACAAGACAGAAAGCCAUGUUCAUUCUUCCUUUCGUGUCUGUGGCAAGAGAGAAGAUGUUUUAUCUACAGAAUGUAUUUCAGGAGGCAGGGAUCAGGGUGGAGGGCUAUAUGGGGAGCACUUCAGCAGCUGGUGGGUUUUCAGCUCUGGAUGUCGCUGUUUGCACAAUAGAGAAAGCGAACGGACUCGUCAACAGACUCAUUGAAGAAGAUAAACUGGAUUUACUUGGAACUAUUGUAGUUGAUGAGCUGCACAUGGUUGGGGACUCUGGUCGUGGAUAUCUGUUAGAGCUGUUGCUGACUAAAAUCCAAUACAUUGGCCAAAAAAAUGCAACAAGAAACUCAGGUCAAAGUAGCUCUACUGGUGUGCAGAUUAUUGGUAUGAGUGCCACGCUGCCAAACUUGGAUCUUCUUGCCCGCUGGUUGAGUGCUGAACUGUAUAGUACGAACUAUCGCCCGGUGCCACUGAUGGAGUGGGUCAAGAUUGGCACAAAUAUCUAUGACGGAUCACUGAAUUUGGUCAGACCGUUCACCCCAGCUCUUCCCGUUAAGGGAGACGAUGAUCACAUUGUCAGCCUCUGCUUCGAGACUGUGCAGGACGGACACUCUGCACUGCUGUUUUGCCCUUCAAAGAACUGGUGUGAGAAACUAGCAGAUAGCAUUGGAAGAGAGUUUUACAAUCUUCAUCACAAAGAAAUGCAGUCAGGCUCUGGAGUGCAGAGCAUAUCUCUGAAUCAGGAAGGUCUUCUAGAUGUAUUAGCUCAGCUGAAACGUACACCCGCAGGCUUGGACCAUGUGCUUCAGAGGACUGUUCCUUGGGGUGUUGCCUUCCAUCAUGCAGGUUUGACGUUCGAUGAGCGGGAUAUUCUUGAAGGUGCUUUCCGUCAAGGCUACAUUAGGGUGUUAGCUGCCACAUCCACCUUGUCUUCUGGUGUAAAUCUGCCCGCUCGACGUGUGAUUAUCAGAACUCCUGUUUUUAAUGGUCAUUUGUUGGACAUCCUGACCUAUAAACAGAUGGUGGGACGGGCAGGCCGUAAAGGCGUGGACACUAUGGGUGAGAGUGUGUUGGUCUGUAAAGAGGCUGAACGUGCGAAGGGGAUGAGCCUCAUCCAGAGCUCGCUUAAGCCUAUCAGCAGCUGCCUGGUGAAGCGGGAGGGAGAGGGCGUCACUACCAGCAUGCUAAGGGCCAUCCUGGAGAUCAUUGUUGGAGGAGUUGCCAGCUCACCACAGGAUGUGAGACUGUAUGCGGCUUGCACUCUGCUGGCGGCCAGUAUAACAGCUGAGGAGGCACAUCAGGAUGGAAGUGAGUCAGAAGCUCGAAAUGAAGGCGCUAUUGAAGCCUGCAUCGAGUGGCUGUUGGACAAUGAGUUCAUCCAUAUACAGAAAGAGGGAGAUGUGGAGAGGUACUGUCCGACACAUCUGGGUUCUGCGACAUUGUCUUCAUCUUUAUCACCUCCGGAAGCACUGGGGAUUUUUGCAGAUCUUCAGAGAGCAAUGAAAGGAUUUGUGCUGGAAAAUGAUCUCCAUAUUCUCUACCAGAUAACCCCUGUGUAUGUGGACUGGACGACAAUAGACUGGUAUCAGUUCUUCUGUCUUUGGGAGCAACUACCAUCGGCAAUGAAGCGGGUGGCUGAGAUGGUCGGCAUUCAAGAAGGUUUCCUGGCCCGUUCUGUUGGUGGCAAAUUAAUUGCUAAAACCGAGAAGCAACGUAGGCAGAUGGCAAUCCACAAACGUUUUUUCACAACAUUAGUUCUGCUUGACUUGGUAAGCGAAGAGCCACUUGGAGCUGUUGCAAAGAAGUAUGGCUGUAGCCGAGGACAGCUUCAGUCACUUCAGCAGUCUGCUUCCACAUAUGCAGGUAUGGUUACGGUUUUCUGUAAUCGACUUGGAUGGCACAACCUAGAGCUACUUCUGUCCCAGUUCCAGAGUCGUCUCAGUUUUGGAGUCCAGAGGGAGUUGUGUGAUCUAGUUCGAAUCUCUUUACUAACUGCCCAGAGAGCACGUACACUUUACAGCUCUGGGUUUGUCACGGUAGCAGAGUUGGCCAGAGCUGAUGUUACAGAGGUGGAGAAGGCCUUAAAGAAAGCUAUUCCUUUUAAAAGCUCCAGACAGGCAGUAGAUGAGAGCGAAGUGGAGGCUCAAGAACGAAAGAGUAUGCGCUGUAUCUGGGUCAGUGGGAAAAAGGCCUUGACUGAAAGAGAAGCUGCCCAGCAGAUCGUGGCUGAAGCCCAGCUGCUCCUCCAGAAAGAUCUGGCUCUUCUAGGUGUGCAAUGGAACCCAGCUUGCGUCCCAGCAAAGACUCAGCCAGUUCCCAGUUCAACUGUGAAAUCAAACACAGAACCACAGUCCAUGUCAGGAGGCCCAGAACAUGAAGGUUGUGAAGAUUUAAUGUCAAAUGUGGCUGAAGAGAAGUUACUGCUGGAAAAUAAUUCUGACAAUAAUAUUCACCCCCCUUUGAGGCCAUUAGAGUCCACUACCAGUUCAGAGAAAACAAUAGACGUUGACUCGUGUGUAUCAUCUGCUGAAUGCCAACCUGAUAAGAAAUGUGAACCGCAAUCAAGUGUACUUCAUAAAGUUCUCAAAUCUAUAAAUGCAAAGGACAAGGGCUGUCACAAUAACCAGACAGCUGAAUCAUCAUCUGAAUCACUUCAGAGGCGAAAUUCUUGCCUUAAUUCCUGCAUCUCUGGCAGUGACCAACACUGUGUGAGUCCAGUUUCAAAACGCAGAAGGAUGGAUGCUGCAGAUACUGAAGCGGGAGCCACAGACACUGGAGUAAAGAUGAGGAUUGCAAGUGAAAAUGGACUUGCAACAGACCAUAAAGAAAUGUCAAAACCUGAAGAGCUUUGUAGAAUAGAUCAAGUCAAGAUGAAACUAGACAAAGACACAAAGUUAAAAAAAGACUCUCGCUCAUGUACUCCACUGCCGAAUGGGGAAGUCACAAAUGUCUGGGUGGUUUCCUCUGGUCAGGGAAAAAAGCGCACAUCAAAAAUGAAACAUUUAAAUAUAAAUGCAGACAUUUAUCAUGAAACCCAAACUGAAAAUGAAGAAAUGUUUGCAGAAAUUUAUGGGAAAUUCAGCAGCAGAGAUCAGAACGAAGGGGACUUGCAUGUGAACACCAGAGUAAAAAAUGAUUUAUUAUGUAAAUCUGAGAAGCUUAGCUCUCCUGACUUGUACACAAACGGAUUAGAGGAGUUUGGGGAUAGUUUUCAGCUUGAUACACAGACUGAGAAAAUGCUUCACGGACAUGAUUUUUCACAUAGGAAUGGUGAAUUAAACAUUGUCAGAGAAAAUAAACAGGAUAACCAAGUUGAUUCUGCAAGUGAGAAAGUUGUCAAACAGUCGUCUUUCCUGGAAAAGGCGAAUCGAGUAUCUAAAGAGCAAAACAAAGGCCCAUUUGAAAGUUUAUCACUCCAUGAAAAUGUCCUGCCCACCAGAGCCAAACCAAAAUACAACAUUUCACUUACUGACAGCCAGUUAGAGAACAUUUUAAAUUACAGUAAUCAAGUUGCUGAAGAAGAACAAUGUGCAAAUAAACCUGCUGAGCAAAGGGAAAAUAAUGAGUCUUCAGAUCAUGUUACUGACAACAGUUUCAAUCGGAGCAGCAGCUUUCUGUUUGACAGUCUCUAUGACAACUCCAUCUUGGAUGCCAUGGAGGAGGCAGCAAUAGAUCAAGACAACAAGGAAGUUCAGGAGGCUGAAGUGAAUGCUAAUUCAAAUGGCUCUUCUCCAGAACUCAUUCCAGAGAGGAGAGAGGCUUUGCCAACAGAGGACCAGGAAGCAAUCCAAUGGGGGGAAUCAUCUUUCAACCUUUCAGAAUGGGGAGAUUCACUCAUCAUUGGAGAGCAGUACCUUGAAAAAAUGAGCAAGGCUUGUGAUGGCCCAAGAUUGGGUGCAGAGAAGCCCAGUUAUACAGAUGACAUAGUGUCUCAACUGAAUGUGUCACAAAGCAGUGAACAUCAGCAAAAAGCUGAAAGGCAUCGAUUAAAUAGCUCAUCGUUUCAUAUCAGCCCAGGAAUGCAGGACUUAUUUGAUAAAUGGUCUGAUCAGUUUUCAACCAUAUCUGAUGCACCAGGUCAGUCAAAUUCAUCAGUGGAACCAAAACUCCUCGAUGAAGCUGUCUCCCAUAAACCCAAAGUGAUUGAGAAGGAAGGUCCAGAAGUCUCAAGAUCUGAAGACUCUGUAAUAGUCCAGGCCAAGAAAGUGACUCCUAGUGACCUUGUUCCUCCCACACAAGUUUUACAACCAGUCACACCACGGGUCAAAAUGACCACCUCUGCUAUACAAUCACCUAAAAAUGUUACAAAGCAGAGGUCUGAACUCGAUCCAAAUAUCAAAUCAUGUACCCAGAGAGAUCAUCAACCUUGUCUGAGGACAAACUCAAUAUCAGAGUUGGACAUAACUCUGGCUGAUGAGGGCUCUAAGAGACUUUCUCAGUGUCCUUCACUUCCUGCUUCUAACUCCUGCAGUCCAGAAGGAUUUUCCAUAAUUGAUGUGGCAAGUGACAGAAGGCUUUUUGAAACAUUUGUAAAUGAAUGGAAAACAAAAGAGAGAUUUUCUCUUGCUGUUGCCUGUGAGAAGACAGAGAGCACCUCAGUGCAACCUGAGACUGUAAUAGGUGGAAAAUUCAAAAAACCUACUACCCCAAUGAGGAACAAAAGAAAAGAAGGCUUCCUUCUGAAGGGAUAUGAGGAUCUUGUUGUCAUUGGCAUAUCUGUAAGCUGGGGAGCAAAAGAUGCUUAUUUUGUAUCUCUACAACAGGAGCUUGUAGACACAGAUAUAAGUGCCAGUUUAGCGCCACCGCCUCUUGAUGAGACACUUAAGGUUGAGGAACGGCUGACGCAGAUUCAGUCUUGCUUGCAAAAAGAAUCAAGUGUGACAGUCACUUAUGACUUCAUUCACCUUUACAAGAUACUUCUGCUGGCAUGUGAACUUACUGUGCGUGGCACAUUUGAAGACCCAAAGAUUGCAUGUUGGCUUUUGGAUUCAAACUCCAAAGAGCGUACACUCCACAACAUGGUGACCAGUUUCGCUACUGAGGACCUCCCAAUGUUGGAGGGAAUUAGUCCCGGGCAGGGUGUGCAGAGUUUAGGAAUCUAUGGAGAAGCCAGUCAACCUGGACGCUACAGAGCUGCUAUUGAGUCUGUUCUUGUCUUUAGGCUCAUGACCCAACUUAACUGUCUUCUAGAAAAGGAUGGUUUCUUAGAUGUUUUCAAGAAAGUAGAGAUGCCAACGCAGUACUGCCUGGCAUUGUUAGAGCUAAAUGGAAUUGGCUUUAGCAUUGCCGAAUGUGAGGCUCAAAAACAUGUCAUGCAAGCCAAGCUGAGUGCUCUUGAAUCCCAAGCUUAUCAGCUAGCAGGACACAGCUUCUCCCUGACCAGUCCAGAGGACGUAGCAGAGGUGUUGUUUCUUGAGUUGAAGCUGCCUCCCAAUGGAGAUUUAAAUGGUCAGAAGAAUAAGAAGACACUGGGCUACACUAGGAGAGCAGGAGCCCGUGUAAAACUUUCUAAACAGUUCAGCACAACAAAGGAUGUUUUAGAGAAGCUCAAGCCAUUACAUCCUUUACCAGGUGUUAUUCUUGAGUGGAGAAGAAUCACAAAUGCGUUGACAAAAGUGGUUUUCCCCUUGCAACGAGAGAAAAAGUGGCACUCGCAUCUGAAGAUGGACAGAAUACAUCCAAUCUCACAGUCGCACACUGCCACAGGACGUGUGAGCUUCACUGAACCAAACAUUCAAAAUGUCCCAAAAGAUUUUGAAAUUCAGAUGCCAACGCUUAUAGAAGAAAGUCAGUCAUCGCAGAAUGGUGGAAGCAAGACAUGGUGCAAACGAACAAAGAUAAACCGACAGUUGGCACCACUUUUAAAAGAUUCAGACAAAUCACCAGACAAAGGGAUGCAAUUUUCUGUCAGCAUGAGACAUGCUUUUGUUCCCUUUUCAGGAGGUCUGAUUUUAGCUGUUGACUACUCACAGUUGGAGCUCCGCAUCUUAGCUCAUCUCUCCCGGGACAGAAGACUCCUCCAUGUGCUCAACAGUGGUGCAGAUGUGUUCAAAAGCAUAGCAGCUGAGUGGAAAAUGGUGGACCCUGCUUCAGUUGACGAUAACAUGAGGCAGCAGGCCAAACAGAUUUGUUAUGGAAUAAUCUAUGGUAUGGGUGCAAAGUCACUCGGAGAACAAAUGGGCAUUGAGGAGAAUGAUGCUGCCUGUUACAUUGAGACAUUCAAAUCCAGAUACAGUGGCAUACAGAACUUUCUGCGUGAAACUGUGCAGAAGUGUGGGAAAAACGGUUAUGUAAAGACAUUACUCGGCAGGAAGCGUUUCUUGCCUGGAAUAAAAGACUCAAAUGUGUACAUCAAGUCUCACGCAGAGAGACAGGCAGUGAACACAACUGUUCAGGGCUCUGCUGCUGACAUUGUGAAAUUAGCAACCAUCAACAUCCAGCGCAGAAUAGAAGCAGCAUUUCCUGGAGUGCCCACAUCACACCAACACCCUCCAAUCAGAUUGGGUGGUCGACACCGAAAUCAGUUUAGACCCCUUCGAGGAGGCUACUUUAUACUUCAACUGCACGAUGAACUCAUCUACGAGGUCGCAGAGGAAGAUGUCAUUCAGGUUGCACAAAUUGUGAAGCGGGAAAUGGAGUGUGUUGUUAAAUUAUAUGUGAAGCUCAGAGUAAAAGUUAAAGUAGGGCCAAGCUGGGGUAACCUUCAAGACCUGGACAUAUAAAGGUUUAUUUUACUCUUCUGCUGUUUACAGAUCAACUAGCAAUCAUGGGUUACAUUAAUGAACUAAAACACUAAAUGUUUUAUUUAUAGGCAUGUUUUUAAUCUGAAAUGAAACUCUAGAAAUUAAGUGCAAUGUGUAAAAUGCUAAAUAGUUCUGUAUUUUAUCCAAAAAAGAUGUUUAUGAAUUA